GGCAGAAGCCACAUACCCCAGCAGCCUCAGCACUAGCUGAGUUUCGGGAAGAAGCAUUCGGAUUCUGUGAACUUUCUUCUAAGCAUCCUCUCUCUGAUUCCCCUUUUGAGUAAAAGAAAGGAAACGGCACGGGGACCACAGGACGGGAAACCACAGAGGAUGCUGCCCAGGGAUCCCGGAGCCAUGGAGGAGAGGCCGGGGGAGGGGACAAGCCUGUGAGGCAAUCUCUUCUCCUGGAGCAGCGAGCGAGCGGGGAUUCCAGGAUGAGGGAGGGAGCCCCGUGUCUGCUGCAGAUUGAUGGCUGUGUCCUUGGAACAGAGGAAUUCGGCUUCCGCCCACUGAACACGGAGCCCGGCUUGGGAAGUCCAUCCCCUGAGCUCUCCUAGCCGACCCUCAUCCUGCACCUCCGGGACACAUGGCUCUUUCCAGCCGCAGUGGCCGACCGUGGGGCUCCUCCCUUCCCUGGGGAUUUCGGUAGACACUGAGGCUGAGUACCGAGGCUUUCAGAGGCCCAUGGAGACCCCCUCCCCUCCGGGUUCCCUUCCCCAAACGCCCACUCCAGGACCCUCUUGGACUCGAGCCCACUGGGCCGUCAGUAGCAAUGGCCUCUGAGACCUUGAAUGCGGGAGGUUCAAAAGCAGCCCUGGCCUCCUAAUGGGUCCCAGACUUGGGACAGGGCUUGGGGGUUUGCAGACAUGCCAGGACCUUUAAAAGGCACCUUCCCUGUCCUCCAGUCCCCCUCCCACCUCUCAGACAUGGUCCAGAGAGGAGCACCCAGAAGUCAUGGGUGAGAGGGACAUAAAAGACCUGCAGGGACCCUUCCCCGACCUGCUGGCAGCUGGUCCAGCCCCAUCCUUGGGUCAUUCCUUUCUCAAGCUUUGAUCAUCUUUUCAGACCCUGGGGGACCUCAGCUGGGUGUACGGCCCCCUAGGCCCCAAAGGGGACUUCCUGUGGAGCUCACGCAGGGAGCCCUCUGGUGCUUAGAGGCUCCUGGGAAAGGCUGGAGCCAUGAUACCACGUGCCGCCAAGCCCACCUGCCAGGGGUCUGGCCCCUGAUACAGCUGCCUUUCUAAGACACUGACUCUUGAUUCCAUGGACACAGCCCCAGCCCCGAUGGCCUCCCUUCAGCACCGCUCUUGCCAGCAGCCUAAGAUGGGUGACACCUGGUCCCAGCUGCCCUGGCCUGGGCCCCCCCGCCCGGCCAUGCUGCUCGUCUCCCUCAUCUUGGCCGCAGGGGUGAUGCCCUCGGAUGCCGGCACCAGCUGCCCGGUCCUUUGCACGUGCCAUAACCAGGUGGUGGAUUGCAGCAGCCAGCGGCUCUUCUCCGUGCCCCCGGACCUGCCGAGGGACACUCGCAACCUCAGCCUGGCCCACAACCGCAUCGCCGCCGUGCCGUCUGGCUACCUCACGUGCUACAUAGAGCUCCGGGUGCUGGAUUUGCGCAACAACUCCUUGGUCGAACUGCCCGCGGGCCUCUUCCUGCACGCCAAGCGCCUGGCACACCUAGACCUGAGCUACAACAACCUCAGCCACGUGCCGGCCGACAUGUUCCAGGCCGCCCACGGCCUCGUGCACAUCGACCUGAGCCACAACCCGGGGCUGCGGAGGGUGCACCCGCGGGCCUUCCAGGGCCUGGCGCAGCUCCGGGACCUGGACCUCAGCUACGGGGGCCUGGCCUUCCUCAGCCUCGAGGCUCUCGAGGGCCUGCCGGGGCUGGUGACCCUGCAGAUCGGCGGCAACCCCUGGGUAUGCGGCUGCACCAUGGAGCCCCUGCUGAAGUGGCUGCGGAACCGCAUCCAGCGCUGCACGGCGGAUUCUCAGCUGGCUGAGUGCCGGGGCCCCCCAGAAGUCGAGGGCGCCCCACUCUUCUCCCUGACCGAGGAGAGCUUCAAGGCCUGCCACUUGACCCUGACCCUGGAUGAUUACCUCUUCAUCGCCUUUGUGGGUUUUGUGGUCUCCAUCGCAUCCGUGGCCACCAACUUCCUCCUGGGCAUCACGGCCAACUGCUGCCACCGCUGGAGCAAGGCCAGCGAAGAGGAGGAGAUUUGACCCGGGUACCUCCAUGCCGCUGACCACCGGGCACCCUCCCUGGCUGCCCACUCUGGCUCUGCCCCGGCCAGAGUGGGCAGCCAGGUCAUGGCUCAAGCAAGGUCAGGAAACUACCUUCGUGUGAGCUUCUACGGUGGGCCAGACACUGUGCUAGGAACUGGGACCGACCUACACCUUUGCCCCUCAAGGCACUUACCUCGGAUAGAGGAGAGAGAGUCGAAAACUCUUCCCUUUAAGACCUUUUAUCAGCACACUGAGUACAUAGUUAUGGAAGCCCAGAGGAGGGGUCAUCAACUGUGUCUAGAAAAGUCCAAGAGAAUUAUAAGAAUGGAGGUGAUUUUUGAUGACCUAGGUGAACUGGGUCAUCAAAAAAUUGUCUGCUUUGUCCAUAGACAAAGAAGGACAGACAGAAGCCAAUGACAGAGACCAGAGUAUGCCUGGUGUGUUGAGAACAGUGAACGAUACCUGUGACUUCAAUGUACAGAGCGGAAGUGACACAGGACCAAAACUUUCCCCCUGACACCCAAUCUGUCAGCCCUCGGCGUUGCCCAUCACUGCCUCUGAGGGCGAGAACACCUCCAUGCCAGCCCCCUGAGCCUCCUCCUACCAACAGCUGCCAGGUGAGACCACCUCCUGUUGACUGCCCUCCCCCCAUCCUAUGUGGCCAAUUGUAGCAUGCUGGCGAGGUCCAGGUAGCAAACUGAGGAUGGACACCUUCAGUGCUCUUCUCCUACCCCUGUCUCUUGCCUCUCACUCGAGCCUGGGCUUCAGAAGAGGGAAGCAGGAGUCCUGGCACCCUGGGACUCCUAAUCUUGUGACUGUUCUUGCCACGGUGCUCAUGCCAAGGGAUCUCGACAGGGCAGCGCACCAUGGGCUGCAGCCCUGUAGCAUGAUACCCAGGACGGAAGGAGGAGAAGCCUGCCACAGUCGUAACCAUCAGAGGAUUUGCUCCCCCUUCUAAGCAACUCACCCACUUCAGCAUAAGAGUGAGAGAGCUGUUAAUUACCCAGCACUUGCUGGUGUCAGGCACUGUGAUAAGCUCUCUCCAGAGACAAUUCCCUUUAAUGCACACAACAACCUCUUGAGGUGAGCACUGCUGUCCCCAUUUUACAGAUGAAGAAAUUAAGGCUCAGAGAGGUUAAGUCACAUGCUACUUAACGAGUAAAAUAAAAUCUGUGCUCUUCCUACUACCCCAUUCAAGUUGGGGAACAUCACAAUUCCCUCUAAAGUUAUCUAAGUUCAAAUUCCAACUUGAUGAAGCUCCCAAAAAGGACCAGGCAUUCUCCUGGGUACUUUUAAAUCUGCUGAGUCAUUGAUUUCAAUUCUCCCAGCAACACUGCCUAGUGAGUUUUAUGAUUCCCAUUUUACAGAUGAAUUAAUUGUAGAGAGCUGAGUAUCUUACCCACCAUUAUCCGGAUAAACUCUAGAAGGAAGGUGAUAGGCAGCUCCAUUCAGGGAACCAUGUCUAAGCAGUCAAAAAUCAAGUAAUCUCAUGUGCGAAGCACAACUAUCAUCAUCAUCAUUGUCAUCAUCUUCAUUGUCAGUUUCAUCAUCUUCAUCAUUAUCUUCCCUGUAUUUGUUCAGUGCUGGACAGUUUGUGCAGGUACCUUGGCGUCAUUCUCCUUGACUUUGCACGACCCUGUGUGGGAGACAAGCCCGACAUCAUUACUCUUAUUCUACAGAUGGAGCAAUAGAGAUUCAAGACUGGGUGUGACCUGCUUACACAGCAGGGUUGCGACUCAACUCCAUCUCGUUUCUCUUUCCAGUGCUUUCCCAGGUGCUUGAGGAAGAAACUGCCUGGGAGGGCUGGGUAGUGGGUCCCUAGGAUUCACAGCCAUGAAGGUCCUAGUAGAUCAGCUAAAUAAAGGGCAGUAAAAUCAGGUGCCCUGCAGAUUUAGAUGUGCUCAGGGCACAUCAGCCCCUGAAACAGAGAAGCAGCACAGAUAACAUCUGAAUAGGAGACACCUGCCUUACAACGUGUAAAUAACACAUCAAGACCGGUGGCCACGGUGGUAGUCAUGCAAGAAAUAAGACUUCUGGAAAACAGGAGAGGAAGCUGCGUUCCUACUUGAGCCCUGCUGUGCAGUUUUGCAAGAGAUACAAAGGAAGCAGGAAAGCAGUGGGAUGAGAGCCUCUGCAGGAUAGGGGAAGACUUUAAGACCCAGUCCGAUAUGUUGGCAAGGCUGUGCCCAAAAUGAGAAUUAAAACGAGGACAUUCUACCUUGCCUUCAGCUCCAGCAAGCUUGCAUCACCCAUCCUCCUGGCACAUCAUCUUCCAAGAAGUCUUCCCCUAUUCAUGCUUCCCUGAGCUAGUCAACCAAAAGAGUGCCCGAAACUUUGCUAGACCUGGGGUACUUGAAUCUUGUCUCCUCUGCAUCUCACUUACAACACCUGGGUCAGAACCCCGCUCCCGUGAGAACGGGAGCAGAACUGUGCCCACUGUCUUCUUCAACUGUGUCCAAGGACGAGCGGACCAGGGCCGCUCUCUCCACGAGUCAAGCUGACAGCCUAAAGUAUUUGAGGAAGAACUUUUAGAAAUAAUAGUCCUGACACAAACAGUUAAACCUCUCACAGAGGGACACCAUAUACAUCUAUCAUAAUCUCUUAGAGACUCUGGUUUGCUGAAAUAUAGUUAACAUAUUUUAAGACAUGUGAUUUUUUUUUGCAUAGAACUAGACCAAACAAGCUAGCCCUUGAGAUCAAAUGUCCAUUCUAAUAAUAUUGUUUAGUUCCCAUUAAUGGCAAACCUUUCUGAGUAGGAUACAGGCUUUUAAAGAACAGAUGCUUCUCCAGCUACUAGAAGGUCCCCAGUUAACUAACCCACAAUGUAGAAAGCAUUUAACUUCCCUACCGCCAAGGAAUUUGUGCUUCUUCCCUGCCUGCCACCACCGCCAUCUCGUGCAGGCUAUCAGAAGCAAACUUCUAGUGGUAUGCUUCUAGGGAUAAUCUAGCAGUCCUGGUUGGAACUCUUCCCACAACCCUACUGACCAAGAACCCAUGAUGUUGCCCCUACAAGGCUUCAUUAGGUUUUCUCCAGACUGGUUAACACGUAAGCCUGGAGGUAUCUCUGAGUCCAUGUGUCUGUUCAUGAGGUUCUGUGGAUGUUGGGUAUCUACUGAUAUGAGGCCAAUCUCUCUGGAGCCUGAGUUCAGUUCUCUGACAUGGUCUACCCAGCUGUCUGUUUACUGUAUCGCUUACUACACUAAAAUGGAAUCCCAUUAGGGUUGGGGUAGGAAUAGCUGCUCAGAAAAUAUAUGAGAGACAAGUAUGUAGCUGAGGCAGCCUAAUGACAGCCUGAUUGCUUCUCUACCCCUCAGAGAUCUGUCCUCAUCACAGAAGAUUUUUUCAUGCCGGGCCUGAGGAUAGCAAAGUUUAGGUAACCAACAGGGCUAUGAUGGUCAAGGUCUGGACCAAGAAAAUUGUUCUUUAGAAAAGACCCCACAUCUGAACACACCACUCUGGACAAGUUGCCUCUGGUCACCCUAUGACAAACCCUCAUCUGUAUCUCCAUUCCUGCAGGGAUUCCCAGGAAACCCCGCAGAAAUAGAUCCCCUGAGUUGCUAUAGAGUUUACUGGUUCCUUUCAAGGAACUUGGUGUACGGAAUUUGAACAGAACAAGACAGCUACUUCUCCAUCAGGGAAGACCUAGAACCCCCAUUUUCCCUAGAGAUGUCUUUGUUUGUAUCACUCUGACAUCCUUUCCAGCUCUAGAAGAGUAAAAAGAGACACCUUUGUCCACGCCUCAAAAGAACAUCUUCCCAAAGCUAGAGAAAUUCAUCUGCUCUCCCCACUCCAGAAGCAGGCAAAAGGGAAGUGAAGGAGGAAGUUGCAAGGUCCUUUGCAAAUCACCGUCGUGUUUGCCACAGCACUGGGUGGAGAGUUCUGGAUGCAGAGAGCUCUCGACUGUGGAGUGCUGUUGUCUGGGGGC